CGGACAGCUAUCGAUUAGUUUAAGUUUGUUGCCAAUUUAUGCUCAUGUUGGGUGCCUUUUUCAAAGAAGCAACCCACCUUCACUCAGAAUGGCCUCUGCUAGCAGUAUGCCUUCAACAGACCAAAGACAAGAUCUGAAAAGCAUACUAGAGUGCUCAAUUUGCCUGGAGACAUUUGAGGACCCACGAACACUGCCUUGUCUGCAUUCGUUUUGUAAAAACUGUUUGGAAAAUUUUGUGGAUGGCAAACGCAAUGAUGAAUUAAACUGCCCUGUGUGUCGUUGCAACUUCACGUUGAACGAAGGUAAAGAUAAUACUUUUGCUUAAAACAUUAUUGAUAUAAUUAUAGUAAUAGUAUCAAAUCUAUCAAUUGUAUAUCUAUAAUAUAUAUCGAGCAGCCGUGUUGUAUAUAAGAUAUGCAAAUUGCAAACACGACCUGAAUUGGAGUGUGUGUUCUCCAUUAAUUAUUGAAUUACAAGUACUGUUAGUAUACUAUAUAGUUAGACUAUCGGGCAUACUCUUAUAUUAUCAGCAUUUUAUAUAAAUUCAAGUUUAAUUAUGUAGGCCUAUACUGUUUGUAAACAGACUGGUAUAGAGCCACUAUAUGUGGAUAUAUUAAUUAAUAUUAUCAAUUUAUAUAGGAGUGGCAGGAACGAGAAACCACUUUAUUUGUAAUAUGGUGGAAGUCCUGUCUAUACAACAUCAGAACAAAUGUAUACCUUGUUCGCACUGUGAACAACCAACUGUGGGUCGUUGCGUAACAUGUGAACUGUUUAUGUGUGAGAAAUGCCUUAAAUUCCACAACGAUUACCCAGGAUUUAAAGACCACGUUGUCCUGACAAUGGAAGAACUAUCAAAGCCAGAGAAUCAAUCGAAGAUUAAAGGAAAAUCAUGUUGCAAAAAACAUCCAAGUAAAAAGUUGAAGCUCUAUUGUGAAACAUGCGAGGAGUUGAUAUGUACGUAUUGUAUGGCAUUUGAACACAUGCGACCUGAUCACAUUUGUUCUCCACUUGAAGAAAUCGCAGAAAGUAAGCGAGAAGAUUUAAAGUCGAUUUGUAGCACUCUUGAAGAUGGAGAUGCGUAUUCCGAGUUUCAAUUUGACAAGGAGAGUAUUUUAGAAAAUUGUGAAGAAAAUUUGGAGACUGCGAAACUCGAGAUCGAUGAAAGAAGAACCGAAGUCUUGGGGUUUGUGGAAAAAAUUUUAAAGAAAAAAACUCAGUUAUUGUCUGACGAAAUGGACAAGAUCUAUACCGAUAGGAUGCAAGAAAUCAAUGAUGGAAUUACUACGAUAGAAGGCCAAUUUGAAGAAAGAAAAAAGACGUCAGAUAUGGCAAAAGCGCUCCUGGAGCACGGAAGCGACGAAGAAAUUGUCCUGUCGCAUAAAUCAAUUCAACAAAACGCUGCAAAGAAGUACCAGUGUCUGUGGGAUGAAGUAGAUGUUGGUAUAUUGCCAUAUAUCAGCAGACAGCUUUAUACUUUGUUUCUCGAUGACAUAAGAAGUAUUAAAGAAGGUACUUUAUUAUAUAAACAUAAGUGUUAUAUAGAGUUUUUGGCCACUGAGAAAAAUUGUUAUUUAAACACACGUAAAAAAUACGAUAUUUUUACGUGUGAAAAUAUAAUUUGUUGUAAAAUGCAUUGCCACGGACGUUUUAUUGUUUUUCACUGAUUUUUUGUUUAUAUAUAAUAAACUGAAUAUACAUGGGUGCUUGGAAAUACCAGAUUUAUUUCUCGGCGUUGAACAUGAUAUCAUGUUCAACACUCGAAAUAAAUUUGGUAUUUCCAAGCACCCAUGUAUUAUUCUCUAUAUGUAUGUAAAAACCUGUAAUGUAUGCGACUAGCUAUCGAUUGGUCGUAUACUAUAUAUAUAAAGUUAAAUAAUGACGUAUUCGCACAACAUGAUCAAUGGAAUGGGGAAUUUUCCUCGAGUAUAGCGAAAUAUUUACUAUGAGUAUAAUUUUUUUGUUUUAUAAAUGCUCAUUGUUCUACUUUUUCUUAUCUUUUAAGACACGUUAGUCGCCAACUCCAAAAGAGUCGUAAUUGAGAUUGGUACAACUUGUGCAAGAAAAGAAACUGAGAGUGCCCAACUGCGUCAAAAAAUGCAAUUUGAUCCAAGUACAGGAAAACUGAUGGUUGUUGUUAACGAACGACUUGGUUUUCCUGACAAAGUCAUGCUGAUACGACAUGCAUGUGACAUAACAGAAGACAUGAAUCGCAUCGAGAAUUAACCAUUACAGCUACAAAGUUAUCUUGUGGAGGCAUGGUACUCAUGAACUGUGUGGUAAUUAACCGCAACUACCAUCAUAGGUAGUCCAAUAGCUAGGUGUG